GUGCCUGUUUUUGUAACUACUUCAAAUAAAAUAUAUAUAAUCUGUUUAAUGUUUGUCAGGGUAAACAAAAGGAAAAUAAAUAAAACACAUUAUUUUUAUACGCACUUUAUUAACAAAUCACAUUCUACAAAGAAGCUAAACACACAAACAAUUUCAGAAAUAACAGUGACAAUCCCACAAUUCGACGGGGACGCAAUGCUAUCCCUAACCCGACCACCUUCCGGUCGUACGGAACAACUCACGUUACCGGCCGCGCCCGGGUAUAUAGCGUUAAAUUUCACCACCGCGGAGCCAAGCGGCUUGUUGCUGUGGAUGAAUAUGGGAAUCAACUACGUAGGUUUAGGCCUCGAGAACGGCUAUCUCAAAUUGGCCCUAUCAUUACACUGUAACGAUGAAGAGGCAAAUUACUCCAAUACGCCAAAAGCUCUCUCCCAGAUAAUCCAAUCUGGCUUUAUGGCGGACGGAGACUGGCAUAGCGUAGUGUUUAAAUUGGGACCUAAGAUUUAUUUGAACGUCGAUGGUGAAGUUUAUGUGGAUGAAACGUGUAGUAAUGAUCACGAAUUUGUGGAAGUUGACACGUUUAUUGGUGGGGUAACUGAAGAUAUCUACGAAGUUAGGAAAAUAUUCCCCGAGAACUUCCGAGGUUGUAUCGACCACAUAUCAACGAAGCAGGAAACUUACACGAACUUCACACACGUUUACAGCGAGAACAUACUUAUGUGUCAACCCUUUCCGUCCACAUAAUAUAUUUUUUAGAUUUUUACACUUUUAACUGCCUUUGUUAUUUAUGUUGAGAUAGUUGUAAGUCCAAUACUCAUAGUACAAAAUCUUCUAGUCGUUUAGAUCGUGUUCUUGGUAUUUUUAAGUCUAGUACCAUCAUAGUGUUUACAUAUUUUAAGUUUAAAUGUUUCUAAUUAGUAAUUAGUAAGUAAGUAACUUAAAUGUCGACAAAAAUCUUAUGUUUUCAUAUUGUCUAAUGUCACUUUAUAUUGUUUUGUUGAGUUUAUUAAAUUUAUGUACAAUAUUUGAAAAUUGUCUUUGUUUAUUUAUACCGAUGUUUACAACAAAAUUAAGUGAUACUAACAAAAGGAUAAGGAUGUAGUAGUGUUUACUUGAAAUAAAAUAAAAGAUUGUCGUACACAAAA